AUGGAUGUGAGACCAAACCUGGUCAUUAUAUCCAAGUUCUGUGGACCGUCCCAUUCAUCAGCACCAAACGACAACAUCAAGAUCCAACAAUCUCAAGGAGAUGGCCGAGCACACGAUCCCACCGACACUGCCUCCUCGAUCAUCAACCCUCAUCCUCACGACGCCGCACCUAUUGGAACUUCUCUGAGAAGCAACCUUUCUGAUAAUACAAAGGUGCGAAUCGAUCCCUCGGAUAGAACCACGAGUGUUCAUCUGAGUAGACGCGGUUCCGACGAAGGCACCAUCAUUGGGAUUGUCGUUGCUGUCGUCGUCCUGCUGGUUUUGAUCUUCAUUCUUGCCAUCCACUUUAGAUACCAAAAGGGGGGGCAAAAGGCUGACAAGUCCAAGAAGGUUGAAAAGGAGAAGGAGAAGGAGAAGAAAAAGAAAAAGAAGGAGAAGGAGAAGAAAGAAAAGGAGGAGGAGGAACGACUGGAGGAGGAGAAGGCGAAGAGGAAGAAGAAGCGAAGGGAGAGGCGAAAGGAAACCGAGGAGAAACUGGCAAAGUUGGAAAGACACCAAUGGAGGGAGAAAGAAAGAAAACGGAUGAAAAUGCGAUAUUCAGGAGACAUGCAUAUGUUUGGCGGUCCUUUUUCGCAGCCCAUGAUGGUGCCUGUUGAUGGCCAGGGGCAUCCCCAUCCAUACAAUGUCCCCACUGCGAUGGAUGCGCCCCAGGAUCUGCCCCCAGACGCAAUCUAUUAUCCUGAUAUCAACUACCAUCCCCUGCCUGCUUCUCUGUUUAGAUUCUGCCAUGGGGUACCUCCUGGAGGCUCGCCAAGGCCUCCCGAGAGCCCUAUUUGCACAGAUUGCAGUGGGAGUUCGAACUCCACAGAAGAUGGCUCAUAA